AUGAAUGCUGACAUUGACACACUGCUCACCGAUGAGUCCAACAUAGAUGACAAUGACGGUGAUUGUGUUGCAGAGAAUGGACCCAAGAGCAACAGCCCUUUACCAUCCUCAUUUUCAGCUGUUGCACUGCAGUUGUGGCAAGAUGCCAACAAUGACGACAAUGAUGAAUACACAUCUGGGUUAGGAGAAGUCAUCGAAAUUGAGGAGGACAUCUCACACCCUGCAGAAGGUAGCAGACCACAGCAAACUUGUUGUUUCUUUGGUCAGAAGAGAAUGUUUUGCAUCUGGGACAUGUUCAAUUGGUUGGUUGAGGUUGGAUGGGAUGAGUUUUGGUUCCAGGGUGUGAAAAACAUGGAGAGUGAGACAUUAUUCUACAAGCUAUUAUCACGCCUGCCUGAAGAUGAAGUGUCACACACUGGUGGGAAUGCACCGGGGGAGUCAUUGGACAUGGGAAGUGGUCCAUCAAGCUCAAAUAUUCCAAUUGUUAUCAAUGACUCAGACUGGCCAGUACCUGGUAGCAAUUAA